CGUAGAUUACACACUGGGUUCAUAUUGUUAAGGACUGAGUUGAACAGCUAGUUGGCUUGAGUAAAGGUCAGAAGUUGAAUCAUUUGAUAUUUAUAACUUUGUUUGAUAUUGAUUGAACUGAUGAAUGGACUCCAUCUGGUGUGUUUUUGAAGAACUGCAGCUCAAACUGCUUCACUGUGAGAUCAACAGAAAACAGACAGUAUUAAACUGCUGGUGUUCUGACUAUAUAUGAGACCAAUCUUCCACUAACACUAUAUAGGGUGAAUUCAUGUUGAUUGGGACACUUUUUCCCAGUCAUCUCAUUGGCAAAAUGUGUCCCAAUCAACCUGAACCUAUUGUUUUUCUUCCUCUGUGUCAAAUGGCGUUUCUCGUUGUGUGCCUGUGGUCUUAUAGUAUCAGGACAGGAAUAAACUCUUCGUCUUCCAGCUAAACACAACUGCUCUGAAUAUAUAGUCUCACCUCAAGAUGUUGUCCAGAUCAAACCACAUCUCUGACCACAGCAGGUUUCAGUCUGACUCAGUAAAACUGGAACUGUGAGAUCAGACACAGUUUUAACUUUGUACUUUCCCCAUAUGCUAUAAUUGAGAACUGAAUAGACAACCAUCUUAAAAUCACUAAAGUUAGGCUCCAUUUUACCAUGACAUAUAGUUCUGAUAUUACCUAUAAAUAAUGUGCAUGUGCAUCAGGAGGUUCAAACUCUGUCACAGGAGGAUUCACAUUAGUUGUUGUUUCUUUAGAUCAGUUGUGAUAGUCUUUUACUGAUAGAUUAGAUCAGAUGUUUCUCUGAACAGCUGAAAAUGUUUCACGUGUUUGUUUUGAUCUGUUUGUGCUGCUGGAGUCUGAUCGUGUCAGUGAUGGAGGGAGAUUCUGUCACUUUAUACAUUGAUGAUACUGAAAUACAUGAAAAAGACAACAUACUGUGGACAUAUGGAGCUGAAAACUCUCUCAUAGCUAUAAUGAAUAGAGAGGAUGGCAUCUUCUUCACAUAUGAUAGCGUUGAUGGGAGAUUCAGAGACAGACUGAAGCUGGACGAUCAAACUGGAUCUCUGACCAUCACAAACAUCACAACUGAACAUGCUGGAGAUUAUCAACUAGAGAUAAGUGGAGCGAAACUGACGAAAAAAACAUUCAGUGUUUCUGUCUAUGGUGUGUUUGGUGACUCAGUGUCAGUGAUGGAGGGAGAUUCUGUCACUUUAUACACUGAUCUUACUAAAAUAAUGGAUGCUGAUCUGAUUCGGUGGAGGUUUGAAACUAAUGACAAUCUAGAAGCUAAAAUCAUUGUACAGGCUUACAGAAGCACUGUAUAUGAUGAUGUUACUGAUGAGAGAUUCAGAGACAGACUGAAGCCGGACGAUCAAACUGGAUCUCUGACCAUCACGAACAUCACAACUGAACAUGCUGGAGUUUAUGAACAAUGGAUAAGAAGUUAUAUGCAUUGGCGAUGGCUGAAAAAAAGAUUCAUUGUUUCUGUCUAUGCUCGUCUGCCUGUUCCUGUCAUCAGCAGUAACUCUUCACAAUGUUCUUCAUCA